AAAAAGAAUGGACGAAGCUUUAAAAAAUAUUAUUAAAACUGGUGAGAUGACUCAAGACGUAGCCCAAUAUUUAUUUUUGCAUGGAGGGAUUUUGGUUUAUUUUAUUAGUUUAAAUAUUAAUAUUUUAAAGAUUUUAAAAGACUUUCCCGAAGGAAGUGAAUUUGGAAUUGAUUGUCGUUCGUGGACUGUUGGACGUAAAUUUCUUGGAAUUAAAAUGAUUCCUCCAGGCAUUCAUUUUGUUUAUAUGAGUGUACCAGGAGCCCCAAAAAUUGCAUUUUUCCACAAUUUUGUUCUAAAAGAAAUUGUUUUGAGGAAAUGGGACAAGAAAAAUGAAGAUUUGUUUAAUUGUGUUUCUGAUGAUGUUGAGUUGGAAAGGGUUAGAAGUAAUUUAAUGAAUCUUGAUUCACAUUUGGGUGCUUAUCCUUUUACAGACUACCAACUUUGGGUCUCUUUUUCAUCCAAUAUUACCUCUAAAACACUCAAACGUUUAUCACCAACAAAUAAACUUGGAAGGAUUUCAUCACAAGUAGAAAUGACUACUUUAGAAGCAGAAACCGAAAAGCAACUGAAUGAUCCUCUUGGACUUUCUAUAGUCGAUAAGGAACAUAGAGGCCGAAUUCGAUUUACUGAUGAAAGUGGCCUUCCUGUUAUGAAUGCUAAAGACGAUGAUUCUAAAAUUGGUUUUACAGAAAUUCCAAAAAUAACGGUUAAUUUUAAAUUUCUCAAAAAAAAUUUUAUUCAGCUUGCUGAUACUUGUUUAAAAAAAUCGGGAAUAGAUGCUUCUGAUAGACUUGAGAAAUUUAUUGAGACAGUUGGGGAUUCAAAAGAGGUGUUGGCAGAGCUACAAUUUGCCUUUGUUAUUUUCAUUAUUGGAGAGGUCUACGAAGGCUUUGAUCAAUGGAAACGGAUUAUUCAUUUACUUUGUAGCUGCAAAUCAGCAAUAGAAAAAUCCCCUUCAUUCUUCAAUGAUUUGUUGAUGGUACUCCAUUAUCAAAUGAAAAUGGUGCCCGAUAAUUUCUUUGCCGAAACGUUUGGAAAUAAUUUUUUGGUUUCUACUCUCUCGCUUCUUUUUGCUAAUAUUGAAGAUUGUAACGCACCUAUUCCAAAGUUGAAGGCAAAGUCUUCUAAAUUCAAAGAUUUGCUUGAGAGGCGUUUUAACAAGUCAUUCACCUUACCCGAUGAAUAA